AUGAACAGAGUGUGGAGAGCAUUGCUGAGGUUUUCCGAUGCUUCAUUUGUAUGGAAAAAUUGCGGGAUGCUCGCCUGUGUCCUCAUUGCUCCAAGCUUUGUUGUUUCAGCUGUAUUAGGUGCUCCUCUCCAGCUUCGAGAACUAGUAAAUUGUCGUUGGGCUGAAGAAGUUACACAACAGCUUGAUACUCUUCAGCUCUGCAGUCUCACCAAACAUGAAGAAAAUGAAAAAGACAAAUGUGAAAAUCACCAUGAAAAACUUAGUGUGUUUUGCUGGACUUGUAAGAAGUGUAUCUGUCAUCAGUGUGCACUUUGGGGAGGAAUGCAUGGUGGACAUACUUUUAAGCCUUUGGCAGAAAUUUAUGAGCAGCAUGUCACUAAAGUGAACGAAGAGGUAGCUAAACUUCGUCGACGCCUCAUGGAACUAAUCAGUUUAGUUCAAGAAGUGGAAAGAAAUGUAGAAGCUGUAAGAAAUGCAAAAGAUGAGCGUGUUCGGGAAAUUAGGAAUGCAGUGGAGAUGAUGAUUGCACGAUUAGACACUCAGCUGAAAAAUAAGCUUAUAACAUUGAUGGGUCAGAAGACAUCUCUAACCCAAGAAACGGAGCUGUUAGAAUCCCUUCUUCAGGAGGUAGAGCACCAGUUGCGGUCUUGUAGUAAGAGUGAGUUAAUAUCUAAGAGCUCUGAGAUCCUAAUGAUGUUUCAGCAAGUUCAUCGAAAGCCCAUGGCAUCCUUUGUUACCACUCCUGUUCCACCAGACUUUACCAGUGAAUUAGUGCCAUCCUAUGAUUCAGCCACUUUUGUUUUAGAGAAUUUCAGCACUUUGCGCCAGAGAGCAGAUCCUGUUUACAGUCCACCUCUUCAAGUUUCAGGACUCUGUUGGAGAUUAAAAGUUUACCCAGAUGGAAAUGGAGUUGUCCGUGGAUACUACUUAUCUGUGUUUUUGGAACUCUCAGCUGGUUUGCCUGAAACUUCCAAAUAUGAAUAUCGUGUGGAGAUGGUUCACCAGUCCUGCAAUGAUCCUACUAAAAAUAUCAUUCGAGAAUUUGCAUCUGACUUUGAAGUUGGAGAAUGCUGGGGCUAUAAUAGAUUUUUCCGUUUGGACUUACUUGCAAAUGAAGGAUACUUGAAUCGACAAAAUGAUACAGUAAUUUUAAGGUUUCAGGUCCGUUCGCCAACUUUUUUUCAAAAAUGUCGGGAUCAGCAUUGGUAUAUCACUCAGUUGGAAGCUGCGCAGACUAGUUAUAUCCAACAAAUAAAUAAUCUUAAAGAGAGACUUACCAUUGAGCUGUCUCGAACUCAGAAAUCAAGAGAUUUGUCACCACCAGAUAAUCAUCUCAGUCCCCAAAAUGAUGACACUCCAGAGAUGCGAGCCAAGAAGUCUGGGUCAUGCUCUGACAUGCUUCUUGAAGAUGGCCCUACUACAGCUUCUGUAAGAGAGGCUAAAGAGGAUGAAGAAGAUGAGGAGAAGAUUCAAAAUGAAGAUUAUCAUAAUGAGCUUUCAGAUGGAGAUCUGGAUCUAGAUCUAGUUGGUGAAGAUGAAGUUAAUCACCUUGAUGGCAGCAGUUCUUCUGCCAGUUCCACAGCAACAAGUAACACAGAAGAAAAUGAUAUUGAUGAAGAAACUAUGUCUGGAGAAAAUGAUGUAGAAUAUAACAAUAUGGAGUUGGAAGAGGGAGAACUGAUGGAAGAUGCAGCUGCUGCAGGACCUCCAGGUAAUAGCCACAGUUAUGUGGGUGCCAGUAGCAGAAUGUCAAGAAGAGCACAUUUAUGCUCUGCCGCUACUAGUAGUUUAUUAGACAUUGAUCCUUUAAUUUUAAUACACUUGUUGGACCUUAAGGACCGGAGCAGUAUGGAUAAUUUGUGGGGCUUACAGCCUCGGCCACCUGCUUCACUUUUGCAGCCCACAGCGUCAUAUUCUCGAAAAGAUAAAGACCAAAGGAAGCAGCAGGCAAUGUGGCGAGUGCCCUCUGAUUUAAAGAUGUUAAAAAGACUCAAAACUCAAAUGGCUGAAGUUCGAUAUAUGAAAACUGAUGUAAAGAAUACACUUUCAGAAAUAAAAACUAGCAGUGCUGCUUCUGGAGAUAUGCAGACGAACCUUUUUUCUGCUGACCAGGCAGCUCUGGCUGCUUGUGGCAUUGAAAACUCUGGCAGAUUACAGGAUUUGGGAAUGGAGCUCCUGGCAAAGUCAUCAGUUGCUAGCUGUUACAUACGAAAUCCCACAAAUAAGAAGAAUAAUUCACCCAAGCCAGCUCGGUCCAGUGUUGCAGGUAGUCUUUCACUUCGAAGAGCAGUGGACUCUGGGGAAAAYAGCCGCUCAAAGGGAGAUUGUCAGACUUUGUCUGAAGGCUCCCCAGGAAGCUCUCAGUCUGGGAGCAGGCACAGUUCUCCUCGAGCCUUGACACAUGGUGAUAUUCUGCCAAAAACCGAAGACCGGCAGUGUAAAACUUUAGAUUCAGAUGCAGUUGUGGUUGCAGUUUUCAAUGGCUUACCCACUGUCGAGAAAAGAAGGAAAAUGGUCACCUUGGGGGCUAAUGCUAAAGGAGGUCGCCUGGAAGGAAUGCCCAUGUCUGAUUUGGAAAAUAAUUCUGAAACUGGGGAAUUACAACCUAUAAUACCUGAAGGAGCUUCAGCUGCCCCUGAUGAAGGAAUUAGUAGUGACAGUGACAUUGAAUGUGACACUGAGAAUGAAGAGCAGGAAGAGCACAGCAGCAUGGGCGGAUUUAACGACUCUUUCAUGGCACAGCCCCCAGAUGAAGAUACACACUCCAGUUUUCCUGAUGGUGAACAAGCAGACCCUGAAAAUCUUCACUUCAGUACUGAUGAAAACAGUGGAAGGUAAUUGCCAGAUGAAGAGAAUUGACUUAUAAGCUACCUUGACCCUGAAUCUUGUUGUAGUUGGUGCUCAAAUUUGUCAUCAACCAGAUAAUCAGAUUUAGGUCUUUUUUUUCCCGUCAUCUCUACCUGAAAGAAUAAUUCAGGAGCUGUUAGAAAGUAGCACGAUUCUAGUAAAGAAAGUAGAACAUGGGAAAAAAUUAAUAGUGUGAGCAGAGUUCUUCCUAAUGUAAUAACAGUGUUGUCCUCAAUUAAUUUAGAAAAUUAGUACAUCCACAAAAGGUAGAAGACCAGUUAACUGCCAGAAAAUGUACUAGAGGCAGUGCAUGCACUCAGUAACCUGUUCAUCCUUGGUGCUCUGUCUUUGGCUAAACACCUGUUGUGUUUAAAUGACUAUCUUUAUAUUUCAGGUUUUAAUCACAGUUUGUUUCAUUAGGACCUAUAGAUUAGUGAAUGGAAAAUUUACCUAUAAAUAGAUUCUGUCCUAUAGACACUUUUUGUGAAUGACUGAAGUAACACUAGACUGGAUCUCCUCUUUGGAGUAUGUUGACAGACUAAAGUUUGUUUAUCUUUUCUUUCUUGUUUAAGUGUUGUUACCUGUUUAACAGCACAUCUUUCUGUUGUGUGACUUUGCAUAUGUAUUUAAAAUKAACUUAGUUAAUAUGGAUUGGUUAUGUUCCUGGUCAUGUGAAAGGUCAUUGAAAACUAUUUCAUUUUUUCUGCCUCAUAAAAUAUAGUGCAACAAAUAUUUUUAAACUCAAUUUUCAUUGGAUAUUGCUUCAGAAUCAAUAAAUUUAAAUAUACAUACUGCAUAGUAGGUUACAUCAAAGUGAAGUUGAUAUCAGAUUAACUUACAUACUCAUAAUUACCCCCAAAAUAAUUGCCAAACUUUGCCACUGUGCUUCUGAAUUUGUGUUUGAGCUGCUAUAUAUUCAUGAAAAUUACACUGAAUUGACCAAGACUGUUGAAAAAGCAUGAAUAACUAUAUGUACAUGUAAAAGACAUCUCAUCAGCUUGUUUUACUUAAUAUUAUUCAUUUUUCCAUAUCUAAUAUCUUGAU